AUGGGCAAGGAGGAGGAAGAGAAUGGAUUUGCUCCAGGACUGGGAUGGCGUCGAAGUAGCCAUAGGGCUGUGCUACAAAUUCGACAACUAAAUGGUGCCACUACUGCUGUGUUUCGACGGCAGGAUGGCACUACAGAGCAGCUUCGGCAGCAGGCGCUUGCGGCUGGAAGGUUGUGGAGGUCACGGGGCCAUGUGGCGGCUAUUCUAACAUUUCAACAACUGUUUGCGGGACUAUUCUACAAUUCAAGCAGUUGGAGGUGGCUGCAAGGUGUUGGUAGCCAUGGUUCCACAGGGUUGCAGCAAGGUUUCCACCCUGAAACCUUGAGAUGGGCCUGUUGUGGUGGUGUUACUCUUCAUACGUCUUGUAUCAACCAUGGUUGUUUGAAAUAA